UUCCCCUCUUCUUCAUCAUCAUCUUCUCGGCCUCUAAUGUAACUUAAUCCGACGGCCGUUAAUCAAACACGUCAUCAAUUCAAAGUUCACUCGCUACUCACUCACACUCUCUUCCUUGCAUAUACAUUACAUCGAUCCUCCGCUUUUCUUUUCUCUCGCCACUUCAUUUUCUUUCACUUUCCCGCUGUUUUCUCGCUCGUUUUCCUUCAGUUUUCUCGGAAACUUCUCGCUGCGCUGAGCUUUUCAGGUGCAAUUCAGGCCGCGCUCUCAUCUAACGGUGUACGUCGUCUCCGCGUUCUCUCCGUUGCAGGUCGUACAAAAAUGGAGACCGAAAGUUCUUCUGUACACCGGCGCUUGCUGCUAACGUGCGCCGGAGGAAUUUCGGCCAUGCUGCUUAGCCUCAUGGCCAUGGCCGAGUUGCUAGCUUCGUCUCAGUUCCUGAAUUCGAAUGCCAACGAGAAAAGGAAAUGCCAGAGGAAACCAGUGGAUGGAGAAGGAAAUGAAAAUGAAAACAACUACAGUGAUAAUGAUCUCGGAGAAGAUGAAGAUGUGCUUGAAAAUGGAGAAGAGGAAGGUAAAAAUGCCCCCAUUAAAGAAGGCGCUAAUGGAGGAGGAGAUGCUGGCAACAGCAACGAUAAUGACGAUGGUGGAAGUGAUAACAGCGGUGAUGGUGGUGACGACGAUAAUGAUGAUGGUGGGAGCGACGAUAACGAUGAAGACAAUAAUGAGGACGAUGAAGACGUUGAUGAAGAUGAUGCAGAUGCAGAAGAAGAAGACAACUUUGAAGGAGAAGAGGACGAAGAAACCCUCCCACCACCAAAGAAGAGAAAGAAGUAAAAGAGUAAUGAAGAGGCAAGAAAUAUGCUAACUGUGAAAGCACUUUCUAAUUAUGUUUCCGGACUAAUGAGACAUGCCUCCAAUUGUACGUUUUGGAGACUAAAAGCUCUCAACAAGACAAUUUGACUAAACAAUGCAUCGCUAUCUUAGAGUCAUAGCGUUUGUAUGCAGAUGGUUUUAUAUUAUAUUGAAGUUCCUUUGUUCAA